ACCCCCUCCCGACCAUAUGGGAAAGAAAAAGAUGGCUCUCCUGAACGUAGGGAGCAUACUGAGAGCCCCCUUCCCAAAAAACCUGACCCCACUGAUAAGCGGGCGAGCCCGGAAAUUAGUUCGGAGCAGAUACCUGUCGGUAAAGUGGACAUAGAGAACAUUCUGUCGGAGCUCAAGGCGUAUUUCUCAGCCGACAUCGCGCGGAUCCGAGAAGACAUGGGGGUCAUGACAUCUCAACUGCGUGUGCUAGAGGAAGAAAAUGCCAAAACAAAAGGCCAGCAAGAAGACCUGAAAGUGGAGGUGGAAAAACUGAAGCAAGCUAACCUUGUUCUGGAGAGCAAACUGGCCGAGCUGGAAGUCCGCGGAGUCCCUGAAGUCAUAGUGGAUGACAAGGUACCUAAUUUUCGCAGAUUAUUGAGCUGUAUGCUAUCCUCAUCAAAUGCCCAAAAUAUGCCACUGGACCAUCACAUAGGGUUCCUAAGUCACCUAAAAUGUCGGUCGGGGCCCCAAGAGACUUGCUGCUCUGUUUCCAGGUGACUUCAGAGCAAGCAGCUCAUACAGGCCGCGACUAAGAAUGCACCUACCUACAAGUUUGAAGGCUCAGACCUUUCCUUCUUCAAUGACCUAUCCAGGGCCACCAUGCUUUGGAGACACACACUGCAACCUGGGACCGGGACAAAAACUAAAAGCGCUACAUGCUGACAAGCGUUUCACACUUACCCACAUCUCGGAGGCAGAGCGGCUCUUCACUUAA